AUGGAGAGGGAAGAGAGGGAGCUCCAGCACCGCUCCGAGAUGCUGUUUUCGGAGAAGGAGAGGCGCCGCAACUCCAUGCCUGGGCUCACUGUGGCGCCACGCCGCCUCUCGGCCCCAGCAACGGCAAUGACAGCGCCCGCUCCAGGCAAUGACAGACUGAGGGCUUUCUCUUCGUCCUCGCCCCCGCCGAUCUCGAGCCCCAGCUUGGACACAGCCGCUUCGCGCGCGGCCCCCAUGGCCCCCGCAACCGCCUCAGCGCCCACCUCAGCGCCCGCCUCAGCGCCAGCAACGCCUGCAACGCCUGCGACGUCCGAGGUGAAGGGGAAGGUUGAAAAGGCUGAGAUGGAUGUGCGCCGGGAGCAGUGGUUGCAGGUGCCGCGGUUCCACCCGGCUGCAGCCGCUGCAGUAGCAGCAGGAGCCAGUGAGCGCAUGCUGGUGGAGACCCUUCUGGUAUCGCUCCGAAGAUUCCGGGGAACUGCUCUCAAGGCUUGGCGCUGCGACUUCGACAAGCAUGGAGUAGGCUGGGUCAGCCAGGCGGAGUUUGCAAGGGCGUGCCGCUUCUUCGGGUGGUCACAGGGGAGAAGUUGCUCGGGUCACUCGGGGGAGAUGACUAACGCCCAGCGCCAGGAGCACACGGACCUGGAGAUUGCCGUGGGUCCCGAGGAUGCCAGCUGCACACUGGCGGCGCACCAGUCGGUCCUGGCGGCCCGCAGCCCCGUUCUGGCGGCGAUGUUCCGACACCGCUUCCAGGAAGGGGAGACUGCCAAGGUCAGGCUGGUGGACGUGGAUUUCCAGUGCUUCAAGGCUUACCUCCACCUCCUCUACACCGGCGAGCUGGAGGAGGGCAUGGACCUGGACCAAGUCUUAGAGGUGCUGAUCCUGGCGGACCGUUUCCAGUCCUCGGGCUUCGGAGAGGUCCUGGCUGGGCGCCUCAGGGACCUGGUGAGUUGGGACGAGACGGUGGGCAAGGUCAUGAAGCACUACGUCCGGCUCCCCGAGGACUCGGAGUACUCUGGGAGCCUCGUCUCCGUGAUGGGCGACCAGCUGAGCUUGCUGAGCUUCAGGGAGGCGCUGCGGCAGACGCACAGAGCGGUCCUGCGGCCGAUCGAGGAAGACACCUCUCGGCUCAAGGCCAUCGCUGCUCGAGGCCUGAUCUUCUCAAUGCUGGCCUUUCCGAUCAUGCGGGACAUUGCCGACGAGGCAGUCAACAAGAACAUCGUGUGCCUGCUUUCACGGAUCACGGACACCUUUAGCUCCCUUUGUGAGCUUCCGGAUGAGCCAUCAGCCAAGCGGCGCAAAGUCACGGAGUGA